AUGAAAGCACAAAAAGUUGCAAAAGCGGAUUGGAAAGAAGGAUUCAAAAAAAAGCAAGUUGGAAUAGCUGAUAUGACUAUGUUGAGUAAAGUUAAUAAUGAUGCUAUUAAUGACAAUUUAAAGAAAAGAUUUGAAAAUGCCGAAAUAUAUACAUAUAUUGGACAUGUACUGAUUAGUGUAAAUCCAUUUAAAGAUUUGGGCAUUUACACAGAUGAGAUCUUGCAUAGUUAUACGGGUAAAAAUAGAUUAGAGGUGUCACCACAUGUCUAUGCUGUUGCUGAAUCAGCAUAUUAUAACAUGAAUAGUUAUAAAGAAAAUCAAUGUAUAAUCAUUAGUGGUGAAUCUGGUGCUGGUAAAACUGAGGCUGCUAAGAGGAUUAUGCAAUACAUUGCAACAGUGAGCGGUGGAGCAACAUCUUCAAUUCAAGAAAUUAAAGAUAUGGUAUUAGCUACAAAUCCUUUAUUGGAAAGUUUUGGCUGUGCUAAAACUCUCAGAAAUAAUAAUUCAAGUCGUCACGGUAAAUAUUUAGAAAUUCAAUUUAAUAACAAUGGUGAGCCAGUUGGUGCGGUUAUUACAAAUUAUUUAUUAGAAAAGGGGCGCGUUGUUGGACAAAUUGAAAAUGAACGUAAUUUCCACAUAUUCUAUCAAUUCACCAAAGCUGCUUCUCCUGAAUAUCAAGAACAAUUUGGUAUUCAAGGACCUGAGAGUUAUUUAUAUACGAGCAAAAGCAAUUGCUUAGAUGUUGACGGUAUUGAUGAUAAUAAUGAUUAUAGCGAGACUCUGGAAGCAAUGGAAGUAAUAGGACUACAAAAACACGAACAAGAUGACAUUUUUAGAAUGUUGGCGAUAAUAUUAUGGUUGGGAAAUGUAUUAUUUGAUGAAGAUGAUGAUGGAAAUUCGGUUAUAAAUGACGAAAACGUUACAAAUUUCAUUGCUUACAUAAUGGAAGUUGAACCAGCAGCAUUAAAUAAGGUUUUAACAAUUAGAACAAUUGAAACAACACGUGGAGGUCGUCGUGGUUCUGUAUAUGAUGUUCCUCUCAACCCUAUUCAGGCAUCAGCUGUAAGAGAUGCAUUAGCCAAAGCGAUAUAUAAUAAUUUGUUUGAAUGGAUAGUAGAACGUGUAAACCAAGCAUUACGUUCCAGAUCACAGUCAUCCUAUGUAAUUGGAGUAUUGGAUAUUUAUGGAUUUGAAAUUUUUGAAGAAAACUCAUUUGAACAAUUAUGUAUUAAUUACGUUAAUGAAAAGUUACAACAAAUAUUUAUUGAAUUGACAUUAAAGGCAGAGCAAGAAGAAUAUGUUAAAGAAAAAAUUAAAUGGACACCAAUAGAGUUUUUUAAUAAUAGAAUAGUAUGUGAUUUAAUAGAAGAAAAGCGUCCUCCAGAAGUGUUAUAUACAAUACCUGGUAUGACUGACAAGAAUAAAGAUCAAUUGGUAAAGGAUUUAUUAGAGUUGAUUGCUUCAAGUGAGAACAAAUUCUUGUGUGUAUUAUUUCCUAAUCGUAUCGAUAAAGAUUCUAAAAAGAGACCUCCAACUGCAAGUGAUAAAAUUAAGUUAUCAGCAAAUGAUUUGGUAAGAAAUUUGAUGCAAGCCCAGCCUUCUUAUAUACGUACCAUAAAGCCAAAUCAAAACAAGAGCCCUUCAGAAUAUGAUUCAAAAAUGGUUUUACAUCAAAUUAAAUAUCUUGGAUUGAAUGAAAAUAUUAGAGUACGUAGAGCUGGGUUUGCAUACAGACAAACAUUUGAAAAAUUUUUCGAAAGAUUUUAUUUAUUAUCAAAGAAAACUUCAUACGCUGGAGAUAAUAUUUGGCAAGGUGAUCAAAAGACUGGUACAGAAAGAAUUUUGAAAGAUUGUGGCAUUCCUGCUGAAGAAUGGCAAAUGGGAGUUACUAAAGCAUUUAUUAGGCAUCCAGAAACGAUCUGGGCACUUGAACAUUUACGUGAUAGAUAUUGGCAUAAUAUGGCAAUGAGAAUUCAAAGAUCAUAUAGAAAUUAUGUUAGAUAUAAAAAUGAAUGUGCAAGGCGUAUACAAAGAUGUUGGACAAAGAAUAAAGAUCAGAUAAUUUAUGUACAGUUAAGAGACUAUGGACAUAAUAUAUUAGGAGAACGUAAAGAAAGAAGAAGGAUGAGUCUAUUAAGUAUGAGAAAAUUUAUGGGAGAUUAUUUAUUUAUUAAUGAUGAUAGCGAAAGUGGCGAGGCUUUAAGGAAUAUUUGUAAUCUUGGAGCAAAUGAGUUUGUGGCAUUCAACUUUAAGAUUCAAUUGCUUGUUGCUCGUCUUGGAAGAUCAAGUAAACCAAGUCCUAGGAUUUUGAUUAUGACUGAUAAGGCAAUAUAUAUUGUUAUUUCAACGAUUGAAAAGAAACUUUUAACAAUGAACGUCGAAAGGAAUAUCCCAUUAGAUUCGAUUACUGGAGUCAGUUUAUCAAAUUUAAGAGAUGAUUGGAUAAUACUUCAUCUUAAUAAUCCAACCAAAGAAUUAGGAGAUCCAAUAUUUUCAUGCUUUUUCAAAACAGAAUUUCUUGUUCAUUUAUUACAAAGGACAGGAUCGAAAGUGAACAUUAAUAUUGCGUCACAAAUAGAAUAUUGUAAAAAAUUAAACAAAACUGCUACAAUCAAAUUCACCAAAGACGAAAAUAUUAAAAAAAAUGAUUUAUAUAAGAGUCAUACUGUUUUUGUACCUAGUGGUGAACCUCCAAAUAGUUUAUCGGAUCCUCCUUGUCCAAGAAUUGAACCUCCACCAAGACCUAUUACUUCUGGUAAAUUAUUGAAAGCUCCGAAAUCAAAACCAACUCCUUCUGUUGCUAAAAAGAAACCUCCUUUGGCUCCCUCUUCAAAUACAACUACAUCAAAUAUUGAAGUAUCUAAAGUAACUAAUGCUGCUGUAAGAAGGACAUCCACUGGUGGUGUUUAUAAUUUCGUAACCGAGGAUGCAGGAGAAUUGGCAUUUAAACCUGGUGAUUUAUUAGAAAUUCUUGAAAAGGAUGAUAACGGUUGGUGGUUAGCUAAAAAAGACGGUCAACAAGGUUGGGUGCCAAGUAAUUAUUUAGAAGAAGUUAAAGUUACACCGAAACCAAAUCCUGCUUUGCCUGCUAGACGUAAACCUCCACCACCUGCUGCUACUCAAGAAAAGAAAGUGCCUCAACGAGAAGUUGCUGCAGAGGAAGAAGUAGAACAACAACCCAUAUCAAAAUCUCGUUUUAGUUCUUCUCAUGCAGCUUCAAAUAAAAGUUAUGCUGGCGGCUCUUCACAUAUUUCAACCGCUCCUGUAGCAGUAUUUCCAGGUAUGGCACCUGUUAAUAAUGCAAGUGGUGUACCUCCAUGGAAGGCCGCUCUUGAAGCUAAAAAAGCUGCUGCUAAGGCUGCAAACCAAACCGAAAGCGCAGAAAGCGAUCGUAUUACCACUCCAAGAAAAGUAACAGGUCUUUCCAAGAAACCUCCGCCACCGGUAACAUCAAAACCAAUCAUUCCACCUAAACCUUUAUCUGGAGAUAAGCCUCCUGCUCCCCCAAGACCAGGAGCUACGGGAUCAAAGCCUAUUGCACCACCACGUCCAAGUGGACAAAUGAGCCUUGCUGAAGCGAAUAACUAG